AUGGGCAAUGUCUUCAGUCAAUGCUUAUUCAUCCCGGCCGCGCCGCUCACGGAAAAGAACUGCCCUGAUCAAACCGGCAGAGUCUUUAUCGUGACGGGUGGCUAUGCCGGCGUAGGAUUCGAACUAUGUAAAAUCCUCUACGCCCAAAAUGCUACUGUUUGGAUUGCAGGUCGCUCUGCGCCAAAAGCAGAGAAGGCUAUUCUGGAUAUCAAAAACGCCUCACCUUCGAGCAACGGCCAUGUCAAAUUUCUACAUGUAGACCUAUCCGAUCUCAAAACUAUUAAACCCGCAGUGGAGUCAUUUACUGCUCAGGAACAGCGCCUGGACGUCUUAGUAAACAACGCCGGUGUCAUGUUCCCGCCUCGCGGCAGUGUUGAUGCGCAAGGACACGACCUACAUGUAGGCACCAACUGUUUGGGCCCAUAUCUACUAUAUCAACUACUUCUCCCUCUCCUCACUAAGACUGCAUCCAAAUCUCCGACGGCUAGUGUGCGUGUUACGUGGGCUGCUUCCAUCGCCGUGCAACUCUUUUCGCCGCAACCGCACGGUAUGAUCCUUAACGACGACGGCUCUCCCACGGACCAAGGGAUGAGGUUGAACUACGGCCAAACUAAAGUCGGCAACGUUUUUUUCGCGAGAGAAUUCGCCAAGACGACCCCGCAGACCGGCGUCGUGCACGCGGCGUUUAACCCCGGCAAUUUGCACACGGAGCUACAGCGCCACUGGAAGGGACUGGAUCAAUGGAUCACGGAAAAAUUCUUUACGUAUCCGGCUAUCUACGGGGCGUACACGGAGCUCUGGGCAGCACUCACACCCGAACUGACGCCUGAUAAGAGUGGCGCUUACGUAUAUCCCUGGGGGAGGUUUGGCGAUCUUCCCGCCGGCGUCGAGACAUCGAUGAGAGGGGAGUCGGAAGGCGGAACGGGAAUUGCAGCUAAAUUUUUGGAAUGGUGUCGUAAAGAGACGGAGAAUUUCGCGUAG